AUAGUUGGGAAGAGGUUGGUUCCGGGUAGCGAUUAAAACGAAAACAGACACGAAUUCAGCCUCUUUUUUUAACGUAAUUCUUUUCUUUUUUUUGUUUUUUAGAGUUUAUUUUUUGAUUUUCAAUGGAUUAUGGCUUCGUUGACUGUCACUGUCACAUAUCUGCACGCGAGUUUGACGAGGAUCUGGAGGACGUGAUCCAGAGGACCAGGGAGGCCGGCGUGACGACCCUGGUGGCCGUGACGGAGGACGUGUCCGAGUUUCCCAGAGUUCUGCAGCUGCAGGAAAGACAUCCAGACCUGCUGGCUCCGUGUUUCGGGAUCCAUCCUCUGCAGGCCGGCGGGGGUCCGGGGGAUCCGGGGAGCCGCAGCGUGAAGCCGCAGGACCUGGACGCCGCUCUGCCGCUCUUCUACGAACACGCAGAUCGCCUGGUCGCCGUGGGAGAGAUCGGUCUGGACUUCACCCCGUGGUGUGCGCCGACUCAGCAGGACAGAGACGACCAGCUGAGCGUCUUCGUCCGGCAGCUGGACGUGGCCAAGCAGCUGGACCUGCCGGUGAACGUCCACUCCCGGUCAGCCGCCGCCGUUACCAUAGAGACCAUGAGGCAGCAAGGAACCAGCCGGGCUCUGCUGCACAACUUUGCCGGGAAGCCGUCGGUGGCCCUGGAGGCGGUGAAGGCCGGAUACUUCCUCUCCUUCCCCCCCGCCGUCUGCAGGAGCAGCCAGAGGGACAAGCUGAUCCGGCGGAUCCCGCUGGAGCACAUCUGCCUGGAGACGGACGCCCCGGCGCUCGGGAUCGACCCAAGCGUGAGGAACGAGCCCUGCAACAUCCACCUGCCCUGCCGCCACAUCGCCGCCCUCAAAGGCCUGUCGGCCGAACACGUCCGGGUCGUCACCUCCCAGAACGCGUACCGGCUGUUCCCCAAGGCCGACAGAUGCCGCUGAUCCUCCGAGACUCGGGUUUCACCGCAUUUCUCAGAGGAAAGGUCGGAUAUUUCGCUCUGGAACAACUGACGGAUGGACGUUCGGAGAAUCUUUACCUGCAAAUCAGUGUGGCGGGAGCAAAAUCUUGUUCAUUUUAAAGGCAAAA